AUGACUGAUCAACCGUCCGCCAACACCAUCCCACUACAAGAUGGCACCUCGCGACAGCAGUCCAAUGCCUCCGCCUCCGCCACCCAACUCACCGGUUCUGAGACGCUCGUAGAUUUACAGAAGAAGUUGACGGCGGGGCUCAAGCAGUAUCCAAAUUUCCCUCAGCCUGGCAUUCUAUUUGAAGAUAUCUUCCCUCUCUUCGCCGACGUCCACCUCCACCGUGCCCUGAUCAAGGCCUUCCUCCUCACUAUCAAGCAACAAUUAGGCUCCGAGAAGCCGGACAUAAUCGUUGGACUCGAUGCCCGUGGCUUCUUGAUUGGUCCCCAGCUGGCCGAAGCUCUCGAUGCUGGUUUCGUGCCAGUGAGAAAGCCAGGGAAACUGCCAGGACAACUGGAGACAGUAGAAUACCAGAAAGAAUACGGCACAGACAGCUUUGCCAUCCAGAAAGAGUCUGUCAAGCCUGGCAGUAGGGUCCUUGUGGUCGAUGACCUGAUUGCCACAGGAGGCUCUGCCGCGGCUGCGGAGGCUCUGAUUACGAAAUGUGGCGGACAAGUACUGGGCUUCUUGUUCCUCAUUGAGUUGACCAAGCUCAAUGGCCGAUCCAAGCUUACGGCUCCGGUGUUCACUGUCCUCGAAAGCCAAGCAGAUUGA